CUAUCUAUAUCUCUCUCUCCGCAUCAUCUUUACUCAGGUUGGGGAUUUGCGUGGGAGGAUUUGUCGGGGAAGUUGCUGCUGGCGAUGAAGGUGGUGUUUUAUUGGUAGAGCUCAAAUGCCGGACGAGGACCUGAUCGAGCUUAAGUUCCGACUUUAUGAUGGAUCGGAUAUCGGUCCGUUUCGUUAUUCACCAACUUCGACAAUAGCGAUGGUGAAGGAGAGAAUCUUGGCAGAGUGGCCUAAAGAUAAGAAAGUUGUACCCAAGGCAGCAAAUGACAUAAAACUGAUAAAUGCUGGCAAGAUUUUAGAAAACAACAAGACUGUUGGUCAAUGUCGAGUGCCUUUCGGAGAGCUGCCUAGAGGAGUUAUCACUAUGCACGUUGUGGUGCAGCCAACUAUAGCAAAAGCGAAAACAGAAAAAAAGGUUGACAAGACCCCAAGGAAAAAUGUAUGUUCGUGUUCGAUAUUGUAGGAAGGUCGGUAUCAAUUGUAAGGAAGCUUGAAGUUUGCAAUGGGGCUCGUGGGCAGCCUUAUGGGGUCAAGAAAUGUGUAGCAAAAGAGAAUAAUCUGUAUAACAAAGUUCCCGUCCCUCAUAAUUACAAGGUUUGUUUCAGGUCGAUACUGCGUGACACGAAUUUAUCGUGAAUCUAUAUAGUAUCAAUUGUAGUCUGAAGUAUGUUGGUGGUUUUGAUUGUUUCAAAAUUAUUUUUACAGAAAGAAAUGGGAGUCAUCUUGACCCCAAGAUUUGUAUGUCGAAUUGAGCCAUGUCUGCAAUUAAUUUGGAGUCUUGAGCAUGGACUAGGGCAAUGGGGAGUUUGCAGU